AUGGGACGUGGCCGGCCACGCAAAACGGCGGCACGCACACCACCGGCGGUGGUUCAUGUAUUCACACCAUCGUCUUCAUCACUUACAGGCAGCAGUAGCAACACGCACAGGAAGUUGGACACGACAUUGAAGGUGACUGAAGAGAGACCAAGUCUUGUAGCAAUUGGUGAGGAAAGUGUACCUAUUGUUCCAGAUCUGAAGAAGGAUGCAGAGAUACCAGAGAAGCCUCUACCAUGGGUGGAGAUAAUCAAAGGUAACCGUGUUCCUUCCAAUGGUAUAGAAAUAUCUUACACAGCUCCUAAUGUAGUGAAUGGGGAAAUCGAAGUUAGUAUUGAAACUCAGGACAUUGCUUCUGAACUUCAAUAUUGGGAAAAUUCUCUCGUGAUGUAUGUUAUAGGGGAAGAUCUUUCCAUGAAUGCUGUUAGGAAAUUUAUGCUUAAUAUGUGGAAUUUCAUCUCCCUGCCAGAGCUAUACUACAACAAUGAAGGUUAUUUUAUCAUUCGUUUCAACUCGAAGAGUGAUAGGGAUAUGGUUUUAGUGAGGGGACCAUAUACCAUUCAUAGGAAACCUAUGUUCCUUCAUGAAUGGAAACCUGAUUUCAAGAUGCAGGAUGACAUGAUUAGAACCUUACCCCUAUGGGCUAUGUUUCCACAGUUAGCAUUGAUGUAUUGGGGUGAAAAGAGCAUAGGGAAGAUAUCUAGUGCACUGGGAAAGCCUCUUAUGACUGAUGAGUGUACUGCCAAGAAACUGAGAGUCUCGUAUGCCAGGGUGCUUAUUGAGAUAGAUGUAACAAAGGAAUUGCAGCAAUACAUCAACAUUCGAGGGCCAUCUGGGGAACUCCUUAGACAGGAUGUGGAAUAUGAGUGGAGGCCACAAUUCUGUACUAAAUGCAACAAGGUCGGGCAUGAAUGCAAAGAAAACACUACCAAAGAGCCUGUUAAGGGGGAACAGAGAUGGGAACCAAAGCCAAUACAACAGCCAAUUGAGAAAAGUAGCACUGAGCAAGCAAUAGCAGCAGUAAAUGCAAAUGAAGACCCUAAGGAAUGGAUAUAG